CUCUCUCUCUUUGAUAAGCAAUAGGUUCUGAUAUAUACAGUGACCCCUUCGACAUCGUAAUUAGUUCUUAAUUAACUGAUUGAUUUCCUUUUUUAGGUAAUUAUUAAGACUAGUUAGCUGAGGCAACUGAUUCACAAUGAACCCUGCAAAGCUCCAUCUGGAUGAGGAUCGUCAACAUUCAGUUAGAAAAGAUCAGAUGAUGAUGAUGAAUGGCAACCGCCCCUCACCAUUGAAGAUCAACAAGGCUUCCUAUCUCAUUCAAAAACCUCCCAACAAUAAUAAUUCCUCUUCCCGCAUGGCCAAUCAACAACAUCCCCAUGAACACCAACAACACCACCAGCAACAGCGGCAGCCGGUGAUCAUUUACACCCAAUCUCCCAAGAUCAUCCACACCCAGGCACGUGAUUUCAUGGCUUUGGUCCAAAAGCUCACCGGCCUCGACCAAACCCAACAACCUGAAUCUACUACUACUACUGAUGAUCAUGUUCAUGUAAAGGUGGACGCUUCGUCAUUGUCGCAGGGGCGAAGAAAUCAAGAUGACCAGAUCAUCGACAUUAACAACAUGAAUAGUACUGCAAGUAAGUCUAUAAUUAGCAGCUGCAGCCAUGAUGACAAUGAUCAGUCGUCCUCGGGUCUCACGGAUGAGAAUUGUGAUAAUAAUAAUAACAAGAAUGUUGAUGUUGUUCAUCAUCAAGGAAACAGAGGCAGCUCAUCGUCGUCUUGUGGAUAUUAUCCUCCCAAUGCCAUGUUCAGCCACCCAAGCCAGCCCUAUUUUGCAGACAUCCCUCUGUUCACGCCAACUUCUACUUCUUCGACUGAUUUCUUCUGCUCCCCUCGGCCUCUUUACAGAUUCUCAGAUUCGUCGUCGCAUGCGUCUCCCAAUGUUAACGUGGGUGGUUCCAUUUCUCCUUCCAUGUUCAAGUUCAUCAAGGGACUCACAGAGUAUUGACAUCAUUCAUUCAUUCAUAAGCAGCAGCAGCAGCAGCAGCAGCAGCAACAAACUUUGAUUUAUUGUUUAAUUGAUCCGUUAAUUAUCUGUUUAUUUUUUGGAUUUUAUGUCCAUUGUCCAUAGCUGAAAUAAUAAUUGAUUCAUUGGUUCUUGUUUUC